GACGCUGUGUCUCUUGAUAUCGUUGGCGGCCAAUGUCUGUUUUGUAUUCCGACAGAGCCCGCAAAGUUCUCAUUGUGACUCUGCGACCCUUUGCAGGGCUCCGCAACUCCAACGCUCUACAUACGGUGGACUCGCUUACGAUGUGCCAACCCGAUACUCCCUCUCCACCGACUACACCAGCAACAACCAGACGCUUGCGGAUCACAUGUGGGAUAGCCUUAGUCUGGAUUCGAUGGUUAUCGCUCCUACGAUUGAAUGGGCUGAGGAGAUCGGCCUCCCUGACUCCUGGGAUGGACCCAAACCGGAAGAUCUACUUUGUCAAAGUCUAUCAUCAACUACACUGUCUGAAAAACAUCCGCCGAGCUUUCAAAAAGCUUCUCUCCCCGGAAACAGACCCCAUCUCCUUCGGCCACGUCGAGCAUUGUCUCGACACCUUGCGACAGGACCUCAUGUGUCGCGCCGACGACACACCGAUGCCGUCGCUGCAGCUGGUUAACGGGGCCGGAGAGGCCCAGAUCCGACAAUGUAGGAACUUCGAGGCGCUGGUGGCGUGGACGAAGCACCCGGACCGCGAUGCUUGCUACCGGCGGCUGAGCGACUACCGGCCUCCGUCGCGCAGUAUCGAUCGCUAUGCGUUUUGUGCUCCGGGCAGUGAGCAUUUCCCGACAAUGACGAGGUACUUUGAGUAUUAUGGGUGGCCACAGGUGGUUGAGGAUUGAUGAUGGGGUCCGGGCCUGAAUGAGGGGUAGAGGGUCGAGUGAAUACUGAUUGGGAUUGGGUGUGAGGCUUGGUGUGGUGUGGUGUAACAUAGUGUUUUUGCUCGAAUUAUGAUAAGCAGUGAAUCGAACUUCCCAGCCCCUUGCCUUUGUGUUCUUCCUUGCUUUUC